AUGAAAAUCAAGCAUCAAUUCACCUCGGUUGAGCAUCCCCAAGCGAAUGGACAAGCAGAGGCAGCCAAUAAAGUUAUAUUGGUAGGAUUAAAGAAAAGACUUCAAGAAGCAAAGGGAGCUUGGGCUGAAGAGCUUCCUCAAGUAUUAUGGGCCUACCGAACCAUACCUCAUUCAACUACCGGAGAGACACCCUUCCGACUUGCUUAUGGCAUAGAAGCCAUGAUCCCUAUUGAAAUCAACGAGCAAAGUCCGAAGGUGAGUUUUUACAAUGAAGUUGGUAACGCUCAAGCCCACAAAGAAGAGCUCGAGUUGCUCCCAGAAGUCCGAGAACGAGUCCAGAUAAGAGAAGCAGCGUUAAAACAAAGGAUAACAACAAAGUACAACCAAAGGGUCAUUCGAAGAAGUUUCGCCUCAGACGACUUAGUCCUCAUCCGUAAUGACAUCAGGGUGAACAAGUCGGGAGAAGGAAAACUCGCAGCAAACUGGAAGGGACCAUACAAGAUAGUUGAGGUCUUGGGAAAGGGCUAUUAUCGAGUGUCCGACCCAGGAGGCUCCGAGCUUCCAAGAAAGGGUUUUCCUUGA